GCUAGACAGGACGCGCCGCCGCCGCUACAAGAGAAGCACGCUGACUGAUCGGCAUUAACCGGCCGGCUGCCAUGGAGAUGCCGCCGCCGCCACCACCUCCUCCUUUUGGUGGCCAGGCCGCCGGUAGAGGAGGCAACAAGCCUGACAGGAAGACGGUGGAGCGCAACCGCCGGAAUCAGAUGAACGCCCUCUAUUCCCGCCUCGACUCGCUCGUCCGCGCCGGCAGCUCGCCGUCGUCGUCUGCAGCCGCAGCGGUGCAGCGUGGGCCACCGGCGAUGACUCGGCCGGACAGGCUGGAGGAAGCGGCGGCGUACAUCAGGCAGACGACGGAGAGAGUGGAGAGGCUCAAGGAGAGGAAGCGGGAGCUGCUGACGUCCGCGAGGGCUUCGUCGUCCCAGGGCUCCGGCUCCGGCUCUGGGGCUGCGGCGGAGGUGGAGGUGCAGCACCUGGGGUCGGGCCUGCACGCCAUCCUCGUCACCGGCGCGCCGCCGAGCGAGGGGGCGUCGUUCCACCGCGCGGUGCGCGCCGUGGAGGAGGCCGGCGGCGAGGUUCAGAACGCGCACUUCUCUGUUGUCGGCGCUAGGGCCAUCUACACCAUCCACACGCUGGUCGCAGAGGGUGGCAUUGAGAGGGUGGUACAGAGAUUAAAGGCAGCACUGCGUGGAGACGCAUGAUCUUAUGCGACCAAAAAAUAACAAACUUGGGCUAAUAAUGAAUGCUUGGUAAACUGUCAACUAUCUAGAGCAUUUCCUACUAACUUUGUGUGAAUGGAUGCAAAGCUGGGAAACUGCUUCAGUGGUGGCGCGUUGGCUAACUGCCAGUCAACGCAUGCUGUCUAGCUUGGAGCUAUAUACCUGCUCUCUGCUUCUGGGUUCUUGAGGCAGAUAGAAUAAUAAUAUUAAUUGCUACUCCAAAUGCCUUUUGAUCCUUGACUUUGACAAGGUAAAUUUUUUUUCUUAUGGAUUACUGCCUCCAAUCAGCUUACGGUCACGCUGGAGAGAGUAAACGUGAAACACGUGAGGCAGUGAAAAUUCUGCAAC